UUAUUGGUGGCUGCAACAAACUCAAAUAACGAGACCAACCACGCGGAGUGUUCUUGAAGCUCUAGACAAUCUCCAAGAUGUUGUCCAGCUUACAAAACCCGCGGCAGGUUGCUGCACAGUUAAUGAAUUUCGGGCUGAUCCUGUCGACGGCCUUCAUGAUGUGGAAGGGUCUUUCAAUCAUGACGGACUCGCCCUCGCCGAUCGUCGUCGUCCUCUCCGGCAGCAUGGAGCCCGCCUUCCAGCGCGGUGACCUCCUCAUGCUAUGGAACCGCAACCUCUUCUCCGAGACCAACGUGGGCGAGAUCGUCGUAUACAAUGUGAAGGGCAAGGAUAUUCCCAUCGUCCACCGGGUGGUGAGGAAGUUCGGGGCAGGGCCAGAUGCGAAGCUGCUUACCAAGGGCGACAACAACGCUGCCGACGACACGGAACUAUAUGCCCGCGGCCAGGAUUAUCUGAACAGGAAAGACAUUGUCGGAAGCGUGGUCGGGUACAUGCCCUUCGUGGGAUACGUGACCAUCAUGCUGUCGGAACACCCGUGGCUGAAGACGGUGAUGUUGGGGAUAAUGGGCCUGGUAGUUGUUUUGCAGCGCGAGUAGCACUACCUUACCCAAAUCAUAUCCACUGCCACACAUGAUCAGCUUCAACCCAUCCUCCGGCGCUCCGUAUGUGCCUGCUCGGUUUGAUCAGCUCACGCGCCGAGUUUCUCUCUGCUUCUCCUUUAUUUUCCCACUCCUCUUGGGCGCAUGCAUUACACGUGACGGUCGGUUCAUUACGUGUUUGCAUGGUCGACUGCGCGGGACUUGUGCGUGGCACAGGUGCCCUUGGCGCCUUUCUGAAGCCUCAUUUUAGCUCUUAUCCAUCCACUCUGGUCAGUCAACCCAAUCUCCUGUCAGGUCGUAGCCAGAUUGCAAAAGACGACACGAAGCAACGUUGCC